CAGCGUAAACACCGGCAGUUGAUGGCAGAAGAAGCGUCAGUUGUCCUGUGAGUGUGUGAGUGUCAGUGAGUGAGUGUGUGUGUGGCAGUGUUUGUUAUCGAGUCUCUUCUCGGUCCGUGGUUGGAAACAAACAGGCGACGGUGACCCGGAGGAGCAGCGGAGCCUCAGGCCGGGAGAUGGACAACAGUAAACGGACGGUGGUGGUCACAGGUUUUGGGCCUUUUGGAGAGCACACGGUCAACGCCAGCUGGGUAGCAGUGCAGGAACUGAAGAAGCUAGGACUGGGCAGCGAAGUGGACCUGCAUGUGUACGAGGUUCCUGUAGAGUACCAGACAGUCCAGAGUUUGGUUCCUUCAUUAUGGAAGCAGUAUCAUCCACUGUUGGUUGUUCAUGUCGGAGUCUCAGGAAUGGCCACCACUGUCACACUGGAGAAGUGCGGCAGAAACCGUGGAUACAAGGGCCUGGACAACAGCAGCUUCUGUCCUGACUCACAGUGUUGCAUUGUGGGAGGCCCAGACUGCAUCGACUCAGUUAUUGACAUGGAAUCAGUCUGUAAGAGAGUGUCCGCCUCGGGUCUCGGAGUAGUUGUGUCUGUCUCCAAAGACGCUGGGAGAUAUCUCUGUGACUUCACCUACUACACGUCUUUGUACCUGAGUCACGGCCGCUCUGCUUUCAUCCACGUGCCUCCUCUUGGAAAGCCUUACAGCGGUGAAGACCUGGGUCGUGCGCUGAAGGCCAUCGUCCAGGAAAUUCUGGAGCUUCUUGACCAGGCUGAGGAGAAGAUACACUGCCAGAAGCACUUCCACUAAGUGACCUCCGGAUGCCAACCAUCCUCUCUCCAGCACUCACCACACAAGAGAAAUUGCACUUAACCACAAGUAGCCAAACAUCCUCUUUUUAAAAUUUUUGUCUUUAUUUGUACAAAAUGAAAACAUCCGCAUAUAGAACGUUUUCAGUGUUUGCUUCUCUUUGUUUAAGGUUUUUACUAAUUAUUUUUGCUAAGCCUGAUUAUUUGUUAUGUUUAAAUGUCUCCCGAUGGUGAGAAGACAAAAUGGAAGUUUGAAGACAACCCUUAGUCACACUGAAACAUUACCGUUUCUCCCACUUCCAAGGAAUAUGAAACAUUUUGACUUUGGAGUUUAAAACAUUGGAAAACCAUAGGUCCAUGAAGAAGACACAGCAGCAAAGUGCUGCUCCUAUUUGUUUAAAUGCAGUUUAAAUAGUUCCAGACUGUUAAUGUGGCAAAUAUUGAAACCUUUCCCCCAAAAGUGACUACUAUUGUUGCACCUUAUAUAGGGUUAGGGUUAUUUAAUUGGUUAUAGAAGUCACAUUUGGGGAAACUGCUAGAUCUACUUUCCAUGAUUUGAUUUUCUUCAUCCUUAAGUUUUGAGUUUCUGUCACAAUAUGUUUCAGUCAACAGAUGUUUACACCUGAAUGUCUGUAAAUGGUAAAUGUACACGAUACAUUAUGUAGAGAUGUUUAGCAUUAAGCUGUAAGCUAAUUUCACUUCUCUUCAGAUACUUUCCCAGCUGCUCUAAAGCUGUGCUGUUUCCCAUUUUAUGUUGUAUUGUUUCUUAAGUGCUUUUUCUUUAUAAGAAGUUGUAAAGUUGCCUUCUUUUACAAAGGUUAUUUUAAUCAGGGAACGGGUUGGUUCCAGCUCAUCUUCCCCCGUUUUUCGGCCCAAUUCUGACAGGAAAAUACAAAACAGGUUCUCCAGGCUGUGCAAUGUUAUUUUACAGAUCUCAGAUCUGUCAGUUUAGGUGAUUCAUGUUGUGGUUUUGUUAAAAUUUUGUUAGGGCUGCACAAUUAUUUGAGAAUAAUUGGGAUAACCAUUGUUAUUACUAUAAAUUCCAUGUAACAAAAUAUUUCUUCUGUGUGAGAUGUGGGUUCAAAUAUUACACACUCGCACAGACACUGAAUUUCUGGGUUGUAAAAUCUUUGUCUAUGGAAUUACGGUAUUUGUGUGUUAAGAUCAGAGCUGUUCUAUUUCAGAUCUUACACUGUUUGCUACAUUUUUUUUCAAUAAUUGUGCAGCCCACAUGGGGAUAAGCUAGUUAAAGCUUUCUGUUGUUCCCUGCAUUGAAUCACAUGUAGCUGAAGAUUUGAUUUGAUGUGGAGUUUGACUCUCACUUCAGAAUUGGGCCUGGACAUUUAUUUCUGUAGCACUUUCUUUAUCCACUCUUAGUUAUUCUGGAACUCUAACAUUUUUCAAAGCAAUUUGUAUGUUUUUAUUUUAUUUUCAGUCACUUUAAUACAAAAUAUGUUGCUUUCCAGAUAUUUACACAUCCAUCCCAUGUUUAACCUCUCCUCCCAUGAAUUAUCAUUAUGCAUGUGUGGUAUGCUUUAUAGGUGACUUAUGCUUUAUUUUUCUGAGCUUUGGUUUGUUUAACCUGCAACAUAUUCUUUCAAUGAUGGUGCCACUCCAGGUGUCAAUUUUCUGUUUUUAAUAUUUGUCUGUUUCACUGUGUUCACAAGCAUUUUCCUGACGACCUACUGGUCACUGAAGAUGUCCCACACCACCAAACACAGCUUCAUUUAUAUAUGUUUCAGUAGAAAAUGUAGCAUUGAACGGUUUAUAUGCUGCUGCACCACCCUGUGUAUCACCAAAACUAUCUCCCUGUGAGAAACAAAGAUGUAGUUUAUAUAUAUAUAUAUAUAUAUAUAUAAAUAAACUGCCAUACCUAGUUUUGAGAAACUAACAUCCUGUAACAUUGAACUGAACAGGAUUGAACUUCAUCUCAGAUUUUAAGUUUUGAUCUCAGCCUUUGGCAUUUACCUCCUGUCUUGGUGAUGUGGUUUAAAACUCUUCGGGAAAUAAUGCAAAUUUUAGAACUGAGUUUGCAGGUGCUAGUAUUUUAUGGUGUGGCUUUACAAGUGCUGAGAUGUGAAAGAGUUGUGGAGGAGCUCCCCCUGAAAAUGUCUGCUCUCAAAUGUGAAAGCCUCAAGUUUACAUACGAGGUGACCUCUGACCCUGACUCUUUCCUGUGCCUUGCUGUUGUUUAUGUAAGUUAUGAGGCCUUAACAAUGCUCAGUGGGUCAGUCAAAGAUAUAUUACUGAUUCUGUCCAGUCAGAUGUGUCACUACCUCAAGAAUACUUUUUAUCUCUGUGCGUGCUCUGUUGUACAAUAACAUAACGGUUCUGUGAAUUAUUGUGAGUUCCUGUGUUGAGGGAGUAUCCUCUGCCUCUGACAUUAACAUAGCACUGUUACAAUACGUAAUCCUGGCUUUGUAAAAGAAAAAGCUUUGAGAUAAAGAAUUAAAGGAUCAUAAAUAAUCUUUGUGUCCAAUACUUCAACUUUGUAUUUUUCCACCAGGGGUUUUUAUGAGAUACGGUUCAAUGUCUUGUCAAAUGUACAAACACACAGUUGUAUUAAA